ACGAGUGGUUGAAAUCCAAAAAUAACUCAGUUGCAGGAGCUGCUUGUAGUAAUGGUUAGUUGUAAGUGGCCCCUUCUGAAAAAGGUCUUCCGUUUCAUCUGAUCGUGAAGUUUUGCCAUUUAUUCAAAGCUUGAAGACACUACCAAUCUUGAAAACCCAAUUUUACACUUCAAAGAAAAUGUACAAAUGGAAUUCAACGACCGGAAAACCAGGCUACUGCAUUACUUUUCUUUAUUCUUUGUAAUGGUGCUACGAGGAAGAAUCUGAUUGUUUGGAACGUGCAAGAAUGAAAUUUUUCAAGAUAGCUGUAUCUUUGUUCCGAAUGAAGAAAUGGUCAGGUGGCAUGGUGAUUAUAGGUCUUGCUGCGAUCUUGGUUUUAAGUUAUGGCCUAAUGGGAACUCAGCCACAGAAAAAGCAGUCUGCUUAUGAUUUUUUCAGAAAUCAUCCUGCUAAUGAUUCUCAUUCAAAGGACACUGGUCGCCUCAGUCCUUCUCAUAUGGACAUAAAGAAAGCAACAAAAUCAUCAAUAAGGCCACAUUUUGUGAAUGUUGAAGGACUUAAUGAUCUAUAUGCUUCAAACAAUAUUUCCAAGGAAGAGUCUAAGGCCUUGCUUGUGUGGAGUCAGAUGCGUUUGCUAUUAUCUAGAUCUGAUGCUUUGCCUGAAACAGCCCAAGGGAUUAAAGAGGCUUCCGUAGCAUGGAAGGAUUUAUUAUCCAUGAUCGAGGAAGACAAAACUAUGAAGUCCAGCAAAAUUGACAAACCAGAGGAUAAAACUUGUCCUUAUUCCCUAAGUACUAUUAAUAGGACAACAUCAAGCAAUGGAACAAUUCUUGAGAUCCCUUGUGGUCUAGUUGAAGAUUCCUCAAUCACUGUAGUUGGCAUUCCUGAUGGACAUAAUGGAAGCUUUCAAAUUGCACUUGAAGGUUCCAAACUUUUGGAAGAUCAAAACCCUCCUAUUAUCUUGCAUUACAAAGUGAGACUACCUGGAGAUAAUAUGACAGAAGAAGCAUUUAUUGUUCAGAAUACAUGGACUAAUGAGCAUGGUUGGGGCAAAGAGGAAAGAUGCCAUGCUCAUGGAUCUGCUCGCAACACAAAGCCAAAAGUUGAUGGACUUGUUCUUUGCAAUGAACAAAUUGUCAGAAGCACUGGGGAAGAAAAUCUAAAUACAAGUCAUGCUAGUGGUGACGUAUUAGCUAAUGUUUCCCAAGGAGGUGCUCAUGCAACUGCAAAUUUCCCAUUUGCUGAAGGGAAUCCUUUCACUGCUACGUUGUGGGUUGGUUCAGAAGGAUUCCAUAUGACUGUCAAUGGAAGGCAUGAAACGUCAUUUGCCUUUAGGGAGAAACUUGAACCAUGGGAAGUGAGCAGAGUCAAAGUGGAUGGCGUUCUGGAUGUCUUGUCAUUAUUAGCCAAAGAGCUACCUGUCUCUGAAGAUCAUGAUUUAGUUGUCGAUGUUGAGCUCCUUAAAGCCCCAGCAGUAAAAAGGAAAAGAAUAGCAAUGUUGGUUGGAGUUUUCUCCACUGGAAAUAAUUUUGAGCGUCGUAUGGCUUUGAGGAGGUCUUGGAUGCAGUAUGAGGCCGUACGUUCAGGGGAUGUAGCUGUCCGAUUUUUUAUUGGCCUUCACAAGAACGGUCAAGUCAAUUAUGAGUUGUGGAAAGAAGCCCAAGCAUACGGAGAUGUGCAGUUGAUGCCUUUUGUUGAUUAUUACAGUCUAAUUAGUUUGAAAACUGUUGCAAUCUGUAUCAUGGGGACCAAAAUUCUGCCUGCUAAAUAUAUCAUGAAAACAGAUGAUGAUGCCUUUGUUAGGAUUGAUGAAGUUAUUACCAGUCUCAAGGGAAAGGCAUCUAGUAGCCUCUUGUAUGGUCUUAUAUCCUUUGAAUCAUCACCCCAUAGGGAUAAGGAGAGCAAAUGGUAUAUCAGUAAUGAGGAAUGGCCACAUUCUUCAUAUCCACCAUGGGCUCAUGGCCCGGGAUAUAUCAUCUCUCGAGAUAUUGCAAAAUUUAUUGCCGAAGGUCACCGAAGAAGAGAUCUCAAGUUAUUUAAAUUAGAAGAUGUCGCAAUGGGCAUAUGGAUUGAACAAUUCAAGAACAGUGGUCAAAAAGUACAAUACACAAGUGAUGAGAGGUUUUACAAUGCUGGAUGUGAAGCAAAUUAUAUUCUUGCUCAUUACCAAAGCCCAAGGUUGGUGUUAUGUCUUUGGGAGAAGUUGCAGAAAGAGCACCAACCUAAUUGCUGUGAGUAAAGUAAAUAUACCCUAAUUGAAAAUUCAAUGGUGAAUUUCUUCUGAGACCACAGUGACAACUUCUAAGGUCUCUAAGAAUCUAUGUAUUUGUUUUUUCCACAAAUUUUGACUGGUUUUAGUUAGGAUUGGCGCUGAUGUUAUUUUAUCACCCACCAUUUGUUUUUGUUUGCCAUUAUUCUCAUUUGUAUUGGCGGACGGAAAUGGAUUGAUUUGUAAAUUAUGAGGAGUUUCUUGUUGAUGUA